AAAGGAAAGAGAGAAGAUUCAAAGCAAGCAUGUGUUGUUAAGCAUGUGUUGUUUUCAUGUCUUCUGUGUCAUAUAAUUCUGAUAUUGACAAUACCAUUGCAUUGAUUUAACCCAACAGAAACACGCAAACUCAGCCCAUUCAUCACGUUUUCUCUUCUGCAAAGAAACAUCUCUUGAACAAUCUUACCUUUGUGUUUGAACUUGUUUCCUCCUGGUUUUGAGGUGACCUUGGAAGUGGUUUCCUUUGAAGCAAUUGAUACCAUUUGACAUUAAAAGCUGCUUUCUGAUACUUCAUUUCAUUCAAUCAUGACCUGUUUUCCUUUCUUAUUCAGUAAAGUGUCUUCAGCAAGACAAGAUCCAGACAUUGAUGAAGGUAUUCAUAAUGUUAGAGUCUAUCCCUACAAAGAACUUAGAAAUGCUACUGAGGAUUUUAGUCCAGCCAAAAAAAUAGGAGAGGGCGGUUUUGGUUCUGUCUAUAAGGGACGACUUAAAGAUGGAAAAAUUGCUGCUAUAAAAGUUCUUUCAGCUGAAUCAAAACAAGGGGUGAGGGAAUUCUUGACAGAGAUUAAUGUGAUCGCAGAAAUAGAGCAUGAAAAUUUGGUUAAGCUAUAUGGUUGUUGUGUGGAAAACAAUAACAGAAUAUUAGUCUACAAUUACCUUGAGAACAACAGCCUUGCACAAACUCUUCUAGGUAGAGGUCACAGUAGUAUCUACUUCAGUUGGCAAACACGAUCUAGAAUAUGCAUCGGUGUUGCACGUGGGCUUGCUUUUCUUCACGAAGAAGUAAGGCCUCCUAUUGUUCAUAGGGAUAUAAAAGCAAGCAAUAUUCUCCUUGACAAAGACCUUACGCCCAAGAUUUCAGAUUUUGGUCUUGCAAAGCUUAUUCCAUCAAACAUGACUCACGUCAGCACACGUGUAGCUGGAACAAUAGGUUAUUUGGCACCGGAGUAUGCAAUAGGGGGGAAGCUGACACGGAAAGCAGACAUUUACAGUUUUGGUGUCCUCCUUAUGGAGAUAGUCAGUGGCAGAUGUAACACAAAUUCACAAUUACCAAUAGGAGAGCAAUAUCUUCUAGAGAAAACAUGGGAACUUUAUCAGAGGAAGGAAUUGGUAUGGCUGGUAGAUAUAUCACUAAACGGAGAAUUUGAUGCUGAGCAGGCUUGUAAAUUUCUGAAGAUUGGCCUUCUUUGCACUCAAGAAUCUCCGAAGCUCCGGCCAUCCAUGUCUUCCGUGGUGAAGAUGCUUACCGGAGAAAUGGAUGUUGAUGACAGCAAGAUUACAGAACCUGCCUUAAUUUCUGAUUUUAUGGAUCUCAAAGUUAAAAGGAAAAAUGAAAGUGAUAAUGAUAUGAAAACAUCUUUACAUAAUACAUCUUCUGCCUCAGGCAACCAUGAUACUACCAUGUCAUCAGCUGCUUCAACUGCUGCAACUACAACCUUCACUGUAUGAUCUAAGCAUGUAAACUUACAAUUCACAAUGCUUUGUUCUUUAUUUUCAUUUUCUUAGGCUUGUAUUUCAUGUAAAUUUUUCAACCUUUCUAUACUGUCAGUUUAACUUUUUUGUUUUAGAGAGAGAGAGAGAGAGAGAGAAAAAAAG